AGGACGCCAGGUGCCGCGGGGGCCGCCGGGAAAUGUAGUUCGCUGGCCAGGGGCGCGCCCCCCCGGGGCGGUAGGUCGGGGAGCAGAGGGGAGACUACGAUUCCCAGCGGGAGCCGCGCGUGGGGUACGAAAGAGGAACCCGCAGGACACCCUGUGGUUGGGGGCUUCCUGUUGGCGCCUUAGCAGUGGCUCGCUGCCCUGAACUGGUCCACGUGGAGCUGGGAGACGUGUGCCCCAAGGAGCCCGAAGCCAACCACAAGCCCAAACCUCUAGUCACAGCCUUGGCAGAUUAAUUUGGGAGGAAUGGUGAAUGAGCUGGGUGAAGCAAACGAGAAGUGGAUAUAGAGGAGAUCGUGCUUGUUUCGCAGCGGCCCCCGAGUUCCCUCCUGCUGAGCCAUCCGGUGCAGGCGUGCCGAAGCCCCAGCCCGCCGGAUUCCCCUAUGCAGUUGUGGACCGGCACCUGGCAUCGUUGGACAUGGCAGUCCCGUGUUUCAUCCUCCUGACUAGACUAUUUGUGGACGUGACCAGCAAAUCUACAGAGAGCACGGUCCCGUCUGCAGAGUGUUGUAUGGAUAUGCCGGACACAAACUUCACCUGCCCAGCCACAGAGCACUGUAGCCCAGGUUGCUACAGGCGCUGGGGCGACGACGGGAGCAGCAGCUGCGUUAAGUGCAGGAAUGAGACGCUCCCUACAGGGUCCUCGAUCAACGGGACCGAGUGCCGAAACGCUGGUGGCAAAGGGAUGCCUGUCUCAGAGAACAGGAGCACCACUGGGCCCAUGUCCCAUAAUUUAGGAGGCCCCCAGGUAACCGCUUCACUGUUCUUGGGCACCUUCUGCGCCAGCUCUUUCCUGAUCCUGACGGUGGCUCUGUUCUUCUACCUCAAGCGAACCCGCAAGCUGCCUGGUUUCUUCUACAGGAGGAAUAAAGCCUCGGCCCUGCAGCCUAGUGAAGCAGCCGCCAUGAUGCCUCCUCCUCCUCCAACCUCCUCAGUUCGAAAGCCGCGCUACGUCCGGCGGGAGCGGUCCCUGGCAGUGAACGCCACUCCAUCCACAGCCUCCGCCGCUGAGACCAGGGUCAGCAACGUCUAGCCACCAGAAUCUGCUCCGAGGCUCCUUCCACCCCACACCGAGGGCUAAAGAGACUGCCUGCAUCCCCAGAGGGGCGAGAGCAGGGGCCGGGGCAGCUGGCGGUGAGGUGGGCCUGUGCCGGGAGAGAUGAGUUUAUGCCAAAUUCAUGUCAGAGCAGUGGACUGGUGUGGGGCAGGGGCUGGGCUGGGGCUACCUAGCAUCAAGUAUAUUCUAGCCUCGCGCAUUUCACUGAGGGCAUGGAGAGAGGGACCUGGCUACCGUAAUGGCAAACUGAGUCAGGGUGAAGUCCACUGUGGCACGAUAAGGGUGCCCUCCCACUUCCCCAAGGCCCGGAGCCAAAGGCGUGACAGCUUAGGCUGGGUCUCUGUCAGGCCCCGGAGCUCUUGAGAGAUGGAUAUGGGGGAUAAGGAAGGGGUGGGGGUGGCCGAUCCAGCCGAGAAUCUCUAGCCCCGGGCGGGCGGCGCUGGGCUUGGGUCUGUUGGGGCAGCCUGCCUCUGAGGGCUGAGGCUGGGGCUGGGUAGAUGACCGCUUCCUCCCAAGAGAUUGCUCUGCUCCAGGGGACUCCAACCACACCAAGCAGUCAGGGGCAGGGCUUUCUCCUGGGGCUGAAGGCUGAGGUUGGGGCGUUUCUAAACCAGAAAUGGCGGCCAGGAGCCGAGAGCUCUGGGCUCCCCCUGUGUCCCAUGAGACUCUUCCUCUGGAGGCCGAAGACAAGGGGCUCCCCUCCCCUAUUGAAUGAGUUUCCCAACUGCACUUUGGCCCUGGGCCCGAGGCUCCUGGCCCGCCUCUCCGUGACCUGCGGCCGGCAGCCAGCAGGGAGCUGAGCCUGGAUGAGGGAGCCCCAGGGCCGGGCCCAGCCGGAUCUUCGGGUUGGGCAACUUUCUGGGAAAUGUCUAUCACGUACUGGGCCUAGAGCUGGCAAGGACCGGCCACUGCGGGCCCUGCCGGUGAUGGGAAGCCCCAGAGGACCAGAAAGGCAGUGAGUGACAAUCUUCCUCAACCAUCCCCUAUAAGACCUGACCCCGGACCAAAGCUCAUCAUGGGGGAGGGGAACAGGAGCCAGGUGCUCGUCAUUGGAAACAUCACUAGUGAAGUGGGCGGCCUCAGGUUCAAGGCAACCAGCUGCCCCUUGACGACUAAAUGCUAGGAGGAAUUAAAGGGGGAAGUGUAGACAGCCCAAGCUGGGGAAGGAUUGGAAGGGGGAGGGGUAGCUUGGUUAAACUGGAAGUAUAGCUGGGGCCCUCUGGAGAGGGGUUGGAAGGAGGGCAUUUAGAUGGCCUAGGAUAGAGUGGGAAGGGAGAGGUUUGAAAUGCCUGAGCUGCAGAGGGAUGGGAAUGAGGAGGGGUCGGCAGCCCAAACUAGAGUGAAGGAAGAAGAAAGUGUAGACAGACAACUCUGGAGAAAGUUGAAAGGGGAAGUUAAGGCACUCCAAGCUAGAUAGGGGUCAGAAGAGGGAGGUAUAGAUGGGCCAAGGAGAAGGGUGGGAAGGGGAAGGUGUAGACAGACUGCACUGGAGAGUGAAUUGGAAGGGAAGUGUAGAUACUCAAAGCUGGAGACAGGCUGGAAGGAGGAGGUGCAGGCUGCUCAAGUUAUGAGAGAGUAGGAAAGGGGACACAUGGACAGUCGUAGCUGGAGAUGGGUGGGAAGGGGAAGGUGUAGGCAACCCCCUGUAGGGAGGAGUUGAAAGGGAAAGUUGAGGACAGCCCCAGUGGUCCAGCAUCUCUAGCUGUUGGGUCAGUGGGACCGCCCAUCUCGGGUCUGAGCCCAUAGCAAACUGAGCCCAGAUUGGCAGAUGGAUUCUGCUUUUGGGGAAAGGAUCUCUAUACAACAAGGUCCAUAGAGGUCAGGGGUGCAGUCCAGGAAUGCAGUGGGGCUGCAAGAACCCUCUCUUUGGGUGGCUGGUCAUUUCUCCCCCAUCUUAUAAGAUCCGGGGCGUCCUCCAGUACCCCCAAUUCCACUGAGGGUGGGGUGCUGGCCAGAUAUGCAAUAAGGCUGCAGGAGCCCUCCCUUUGGGUGGUUGGCCACCUCUGCCCCGUUCCGUGGGAUCUGAGGGAGGGAAGUGGUCCCUGGGAACAGGCAGGUGGGUUGUGAGAAACCCGCUGUCCCCCUCAGCCUGGGACAGCAGCUCCUGGAUGAAGCUGAGGGUGGCAGUGACACCGCUGGGUCCCUAAGUUUUCCUCUCAUGGGAGCCCAAGGCUAAGGGGCUGCUGGCAGGCCAAUGCCACCUUUGCACUGUGAUGUUUUGUAUCUUUUUCUACAGUUGUGUUAAUAAAUGCCCAU